AUGGAAGCCACUGGGCAAAGCGAGGGACAAGGCCAAGACCCGCAACGACUGCUCGCGAACCUUGCAGCAGAAUACACUCGAAGCAGGCGCUUUCUCGAGGAGCUUGAAAACAGCUUUGUGAGGGAAACAUCCCCUGGCCCACCGUCGAGGCCAACCUACCCGCCCGCCGAAGACCAUGACGAGCCUAAUGACCAGCUCGCCACGGCUCCAAAUCCCCGCGAAGUCGGACACAAAAAGCCACCUGAGUCUGCGCCUUCCAAUCUCAGAUCCAAGCUGCGCUCGUUCUUCUCCCGCCGCGCCCUUCUGCGCAACGAGGCGAUUCCGGAGCCGUCUGUGCCACAAGCCCUUAUCCGGCCCUCCAGCGAGUCCCAAUCCACCAUUCCCGGUCGAAGGUACCUCUCGCCUUCGACGACAAUGGUUUCGGAGCGCCAAAUCCCAGCCUCCUCCCCCGUCCGUCGAACAUCCCAAGUCUGCUACACCACAGGCCCCGCAGAGACGGUGCCCCGCACCGCACCACGUGCGCCGGCCUCCGCCGCCGCUGACGCCGGGGGCCGGCCCGCCACCGCCCGUCGAUCGUCCAUCGUAUACGUCAGCGGAGAUGCGAUGGACUCGACGUCGCAAGGCUGGAUAGCGCGAGUGGCGUGUCCCGACACCGGUGACCGACCCGCCACCGGCCGUCGAACGUCGAUCGUCUUCUAUGCCGACUCGAGCCCCACGACUGGCGCCACUCCCGGCAGGUCUGCAGCUGGCAGCGGCUGUGCAGGCCCUGCCGUCGGCGUCACCGGCAACAUUGCUGGGGGUGGCAGCGGCGGCGGCGGCAGCAGCGGCGGCACCACCGCCGGGGAGCACCCCAUCGAUGUCAUUGCCCCCGCCGCCGCCGCUGCUGCCGCCAGCGGCAGGGUCCGCGACGAUUCCAAUUCCGAUCAGUUCCGACACCAACACAACGGCGAAAACGGCACCGGCGGUGCCGGCGCUGCCGCAGCAGGCAACUCCCGACGAAACCUUUCCGUACACUCCGCCGUCGGGGUUGGCUCAUUACAAGAUACGGCAGAUCCGUACGAAUUCAUGUCUUUGAUGGCGGGACCCCGCCGGACCACCAGCUUCCAGCAUCGCUCCGGAACCAAACUUCAGCCCACUGCACAGCGGCUCCGCUCUGCCGUCAGUACCCGCCGUACAUCUAUUGAAGCGUACUGCAAUCGGGAGCUCGCCCAGCCGCCACCACCGCCGCCGCCGCAACAGCAGCACCCACCGCUAUUGCAACAACAGCCGCGCCUGCAGGGUUCUAGAGCUUCUUUUGAGGCCUUAUGCCAGCCGGUUAUGUCGACGACAGUUGAUCAGGCAUCCACAACGGUCCGCCGGACAGGCAGCCUGGAAAUCCCUAGGCCGUAUUCUGCUGUACCGCGGAAUCACAGCGCCGCCGCAGCCGCCGUGGUCCCCACCGCCGUCAACAUUAGUAACAGUACCCUCUUCGCGCCAGCAUCCAUCUCCGGUUACACAGCGCCUGUGGCGGCGGUGCCGGCAACUGCCACUGCCGCCGCCGCCGCCGCCGCUGUACCGAAUCCGCCGCAGGCAGCGGCGGCGGCGGCGGCGGCGGUUCCCGGACCGCGGAUGCGAGUGCUGCAUCACCAAAGUGGCGUUGCGUGGGCUGCGCCAGCGGCUCUAUCACCGACUGGCAGCACUGGAUCAUCAACCGGCCCCAUGUCGCCCUCCGACGCCGCUGCCGUACUGACGGUAGGCCGCAUCAGGACCGUAGGUGGCGGCGGCGGAGGUGGAGGCCCUGCUAUUCGCACCUCCAUGUCUUCCCUAAAUUCCAAGCGGCUUUUAGAUCUCGCCGACAUAGCACAGCAAUUGAUGAUGACGGCGUCGGCGUCGGCGUCGGCUGCAUAUUGCAUGGGCGGUGUUGAGCGACCACGCGCCGGCAGCGGCUCCGGGAUGAUAGACGUAGCAGCGGCGGCGGCGGCGGCGGCGCCCCCAUCGCCGCCGGCGGCUGCAGUGCGUGCCGCGCGCGGCGGGCCCGCCCUUCAUAUUCAUGUUACUGCUGACGGAGCCGAUGAAGCCGCUGCCGCAGCAGUCGCGGCGGCGGCGGCAACGGCAGCAACAGCGGCGGCGGCGCCGUCACCAAACACGUCCCCGACCGGCAGGUCAAACUCGCUCUCCCCUAAGCUGGCGGCGCCGUACACCGCCGCCCUUCAUGAUCGCAACUCGCCGCCGCCGUUCACGUCCCCGCCGCCGCCAACGCAACCGCACGCGCCGCCGCAAGUGCCGCCACAGCCGCACAAUGCGGCAGCAGGUCUUCCAUUCUUACCUUCAGGUCCCUGGUUGUCGGGAUACCUAGACCAGGCUUACACUGUGUGCAGCGGAUUUGCCAGCAACGCAUUGAAACGGGUAGGGGGAGAUCUGCCCGGAAGGUUAACCUUCCGGACAGGGGGAAGGCUCUUCUUCUUCUUCUUCUUCUGGUCAUUCUCGGUCAUUCUCGGUCUCCCCAUUACAACGAAGUGUGUGGAAGAAGUAGACAUGACAUAUAAACACAUGAUAAAUAGGGUACAUAGUAAGUUGGCGCUCACGGGUUGGAGAGACCAGUAG